AUGGCCACGGAACAGCGUACACCGGCAACAGCGGCUCCCACAGGAGCCAGCCAUCGUCGUACCAGCAGCGGUAUAUCUGACGAUGCUGCCAAAUCGGCACAUGAGUUCAUGGUUGGCAGUAUGCGACGCUCGAGCAGCGGUGUCACAGAUGAGGCUGCCCAAGCUGCUCACGACUUUAUGCAAACGUCCAAAGCCACCGGCCCUGGGUUGAGUGACGAUCUCACCGACAAGGCUCACAAGUUCCUUGACGGGCCUGCGACACACCGCGAGAGUCACAGCAAGUAUUUGCCAGACGUGACUUUGCCUGGAGUCACAGACGAGAUUGCAGAAGAAGCGUUGGAGUUCGUGGAAGGGGCCGAGAAGACGAACAAGGCAUGA